AUGGCGCGGGAGGAGCAGGCGCUGCUGUCGACGGAGAUCGUGAACCGCGGCGUGGAGCCGUCGGGCCCGGACGCCGGGUCGCCGACCUUCUCGGUGCGCGUGCGCCGCCGCCUGCCGGACUUCCUGCAGUCGGUGAACCUCAAGUACGUGCGCCUCGGCUACCACUACCUCAUCAGCCACGGCGUGUACCUGGCCACCAUCCCCGUCAUCGUGCUCGUCUGCGGCGCCGAGGUGGGCAGCCUCAGCCGCGACGAGCUGUGGCGCAAGGUGUGGGGGGAGGCCACCUACGACCUCGCCACCGUCCUCGCCUUCCUCGCCGUCCUCGCCUUCACCAUCUCCGUCUACAUCAUGUCCAGGCCCAGGCCCGUCUACCUCAUCGACUUCGCAUGCUACAAGCCGGCCGACGAGCUCAAGGUGUCCAAGGCGGAGUUCAUCGACCUAGCGCGCAAGUCCGGCAAGUUCGACGAGGACAGCCUGGCGUUCCAGUCGCGUCUGCUGGCCAAGUCCGGCAUCGGCGACGAGUCGUACAUGCCGCGCUGCGUGUUCGAGCCCAACGCCAACUGCGCCACCAUGAAGGAGGGCCGCGCCGAGGCGUCCACGGCCAUGUUCGCGGCGCUGGACGAGCUCUUCGACAAGUGCCGCGUCCGGCCCAAGGACGUGGGCGUGCUGGUGGUCAACUGCAGCCUCUUCAACCCGACCCCGUCGCUGUCGGCCAUGAUCGUGAACCACUACAAGAUGCGCGGCAACAUCCUGAGCUACAACCUGGGUGGCAUGGGCUGCAGCGCGGGCGUCAUCGCCAUCGACCUGGCCCGCGACAUGCUGCAGGCCAGCGGCGCGGGCCUGGCCGUGGUGGUCAGCACGGAGGCCGUCUCCUUCACGUGGUACCCCGGAAAGCGGCGCUCCAUGCUCAUCCCGAACGCCUUCUUCCGGGCCGGGUGCGCGGCGGUGCUGCUGUCCAACCGGCGCCGCGACUUCCACCGCGCCAAGUACCAGCUGGAGCACGUGGUGCGCACGCACAAGGGCGCCGACGACCGCGCCUUCCGCUCCGUGUACCAGGAGGAGGACGAGCAGCGGAUCAAGGGCCUGUCCAUCAGCCGCGACCUGCUGGAGGUGGGCGGGCACGCGCUCAAGACCAACAUCACCACCCUGGGGCCCCUGGUGCUGCCCUUCUCGGAGCAGCUGCUCUUCUUCGCGGGGGUGCUGUUCCGCCACCUGUUCCCGUCCAAGGCCUCCACGCCGUCGCCGCCGACCACACCCGGGGACGCCUCCGCCGCCGCGCCCUACAUCCCGGACUUCAAGCGCGCGUUCGAGCACUUCUGCAUGCACGCGGCGAGCCGCAACGUGCUGGAGCACCUGCAGAGCAACCUGGGCCUGCACAACGCCGACCUGGAGGCCUCCCGCGCCGCGCUGCACCGCUUCGGCAACACCUCCAGCAGCAGCAUCUGGUACGAGCUGGCGUACCUGGAGGCCAAGGGCCGCGUCCGCCGCGGCGACCGCGUCUGGCAGCUCGCCUUCGGGUCAGGCUUCAAGUGCAACAGCGCGGUGUGGCGCGCCGUCCGCCGCGUGCGCCGCCCCGCGCGCAGCCCCUGGCUCGACUGCAUCGACCAGUACCCGGCGCGCAUGGACGCCUAG